AUGUUUUUGUUACUUUUUAUCUUCCUUUUUUGUUUCUUUUUCUCUUUAUUGUUGUUUCUUUUUAUUUUCAUUGUUGUUUCUUUUUAUCUUCUUUUUGUUUCUUUUUAUCAUCCUUUUUGUUUGUUUUUAUCUUCCUUUUUUGUUUCAUUUUGUCUUCAUUUUUGUUGCUUUUUAUCUUCCUUUUUUAUCUUCAUUUUUGUUUCUUUUUAUCUUCCUUUUUGUUUCUUUUUAUCUUCUUAUUUUGUUUCUUUUUAUCUUCCUAUUUUGUUUCUUUUUAUCUUCAUUUUUUGUUUCUUUUUAUCUUCAUUUUUUGCCGAGUACAAUUUUCUUUCUCAGUUCCCAUUUGCCGUCAUCUUUCGUUUCUUUUUUUUAUUAUCUCGUCACACACCCUCGAAGAGAUUCACAUCUGAUGAUGUUGAUCUUUCUGUGGCAAAUAUCGAUCCAAUGCAGCAAAUCAGUUUUCGAUAUUCAGAAAAUACCUAUCUAUCUAUCUAUCUAUCUAUCUAUCUAUCUAUCUAUUUGACUCUGUUCAUAUCUAUCUACUUAUCUAUCUAUCUCACUCUGUUCAUAUCUAUCUAUCUGUACUGCAUUUUUUAUAAGAAUAUCUAUCUAUCUAUCUAUCUAUCUAUCUAUCUAUCUAUCUAA